AUAAGGAGCUGAGAUUCUCAAGAGCAAGACGGCAAUCCUCCCCCACAUCCGCUCCCCGGCGUCAUCACCCACCUCGGCAAAGCUUCUCUUCUGAGUGUGUCGGGCAGCCUCCUGAGCUGCAGCAGUGGGGCUUCCAUUCAGUGGCUCCCUCAGCAGCCACGUCCUGCCCAUACGGCAAGCAGGGGUCAUAAGCUAGGGUAGUAAGCACACACCACCUUUCCUGGUGAGAAUUGAGGUGGGAUGUGACUUCAAAGUGCAGUCGCUCUUCCUGAUUAACUCCACGUAUAGACACUUGCUCUGGAAUCAGAGUGCCUCCUUCCAGUUUAGCUUAAUCCUCUUGCAGUCCACACCUCCUCGCCAUGUGUAGACAAGCCCCGAGGCACUGCUCGGUUACGCUGUUAGUAGAGACAGCAGUUAGCAGGACGCCUAGUCCUAUGGGAAAGCAGAAUCAGCAGCAGUCUGUCCCCAUGGGAAUGGUGGUGCUGUUCCCAAUUCACGUCGCAGCUUCCCGGAAGGAUACAGGAGACCGAGAAGGGGGACAUGGCACGGGGAGGGCUUUGUUUCAAGCCUAAUAUGUUUGAGAAGCAGAAGUGCAAAAGGAGCUAGAAUUGCAAUCAGUUUAACUCCACGGACCGUCUCUCCUGACCCUUCCCACUUCAAGAGGCCCGUGUAACAAGCACAACAGAAAAGGUGGCUGGUUUCAUUCAUGAAAUUUUUCUUGCGCUUUCCCCAGUGGCUUGUUUCCCUCAACACGGAUUUGUUCUUUAGAACAGGAUUUACUGUUGUUCUGUCAUCGAGCCAGGCAACCUGAAGGCUAAAGAUCCCCCUGGGGAAACACUGACUGCUUGGGUAGGCGGUAAUUGCUUGUAGCAAAUCUAUUUUAAGUCCACCUCUUUGCUGAACUUGUCCUGGCCUUUAACAGUGUCAUUGCAGCCUUGAGCCUCUUUGGUACAUACCAGAGUGUGGGGGAGAAGAGAGGUGAGAAGCCAAGAGGGCAUGUUAAACCAGAAGGAAGCUCAGGCCGGUUGUAACUGUCUGUAGAGAGACAAUGGAACAAAUGUGCAAAGGACUUCACCACCCCGGCACAUUGGGCAAUGUGCCAGCCGGUCCAAAGGUGAAAGGAGGCGUCUAUAAAGAGACAGCUCCUUCUCCUUGAGAGAGACCAGCACAGUUUGCAUAGGGAUUCCCCCGGCAGCUGCAAAAUGAGCUCAGUGCAACUCCUGGCCACCGCUGGCAUCUGCGUCUACCUCUGCCUUGCCGUUGGCCUCGCCGCUGCGCCUGUGUCUUUAGAGGAUGAGAAGGCCCCUGCCUACUGGAAUGAGAGAGCCAGGAGGACGUUGGAGUCGGCGCUGACCCUGACACCCGUGACCCGCCGUGCCAAGAACAUCAUUCUCUUCCUGGGCGACGGCAUGGGGAUCUCCACCAUCUCCGCCGCUCGGAUCUACAAGGGGCAGCUGGAGGGCAGGCCCGGUGAGGACAGCCGGCUGGCCAUGGAGACCUUCCCCUACGUCGCCCUCGCCAAGGUGAGACGCCCCCAGCUGCCUGGGAAUGCUCCCGGGGCUGUGCCAGCCGCCCCCAGUGCCUGUUCCUGGCCCCUUGCUGCCUUGCAGACAUACAACGUGGACCGGCAGGUGCCCGACAGCGCUGGCACUGGCACUGCCUACCUGUGCGGGGUGAAGGCCAACGCCAAAACCCUGGGGGUGAGCGCCACCGCUGUCUAUGGCAAAUGCAACACCACAUGGGGCAACGAGGUCUACUCCGUCCUGCACCGGGCCAAGCAGUCGGGCAAGUCGGUGGGCAUCGUGACGACCACCCGCGUGCAGCACGCCUCGCCGGGCGCAUCCUACGCCCAUGUGGUCAACCGGGAGUGGUACAGCGACGCCGACCUGCCCAAGGAGGCUGCCAGGCAGGGCUGCAAAGACAUCGCAUACCAGCUGGUGCACAACACAGACAUCAACGUGAUUCUGGGCGGUGGGAGGAUGUACAUGACUCCCCGGAAGACCCCGGACCCCGAGUACCCCAUGGACCCAAAGCAGAGUGGGACGAGGAAGGAUGGACUCGACCUAGUUGAGAAGUGGCUCAGUGCCAAGGAGGGGGCGCGGUACGUCUGGAACAAGGAAGGCCUGGACGCCGUGGAUGAGAACUCCACCGACUACCUCUUGGGUCUCUUUGAGCCCAAGGACAUGAAGUACGAGCUGAACCGCGACGCCAGCACGGACCCCUCCAUCGUGGAGAUGACGGAGAAAGCCGUCCGCAUCCUGCGCAGGAAUCCCCACGGCUUCUUCCUCUUCGUGGAAGGAGGCAGGAUCGACCACGGGCACCACAGCAGCAGAGCCAAGCAGGCGCUGAGUGAGGCCGUCCUGCUGGACCGCGCUGUGGCCCGCGCCGCCGAGCUGACCGACGCCUCGGAGACCCUCACCGUGGUCACGGCCGACCACUCGCACGUCUUCAGCUUCGGCGGCAGCACGCCGCGCGGCAACAGCAUCUUCGGCCUGGCACCCAAGAAGGCCGAGGACCGGCGGCCGUACACCAGCAUAUUGUACGGGAACGGGCCGGGCUACGCCAUCGCGAACGGGAGCCGGCCGGACGUGAGCAGCCUGCCCAUCGAGGACAAGGAUUACCGGCAGCAGGCAGCCGUGCCCCUGGACACCGAGACCCACGCCGGCGAGGAUGUGGCUAUUAUGGCCAGGGGGCCCAUGGCCCACCUCUUCCACGGGGUGCAGGAGCAGAACUACGUGGCCCAUGUCCUGGCCUACGCUGCCUGCCUGGAGCCCUACCACGCGGGCCCCGAGUGCCGGGCCCCGAGCUGCAGGUCAGGCAGCCCAUGCCUCGGCCACCCCCCCAGCCUCCUGCUCUUCGCACUCGGGGCAGCCUCCCUCCUGCUGAGGAUGUGACAGUGGACAUUGAUCUCGGCCAGCCUGGGGGUCCCCCCCGUGCCCUCUGCCAGCAGAACAGCCAGCGCCCCUCAGGCUGCAGGGCUGGGUAGGCCUCGGUUCCACACGAGAGAGACACCCUCGCUUGCCCGUGUAUAUAAUUUUGUAACCGUCUCCUGCCCUCCCAGCCCCCCGGAAAUAAAAUCUGCUGCUGUUUUGUUCUUA